UUUGACAUUGAUCAUAAGCUAUGACUCGCAAAAUGAUCUCCUACUUCACUCUUGCAUUCUGUUUAUUCUUGUUUUUGUCUCCCUAUGUUCAUAGCGAGAGGUGUCCCUUUCCUUAUGGCCAGCAGCUUGAUUACACUUUCUACGACAGAACCUGCUCCCACUUGCCGAUGAUUGUUAAGUACAAUGUCUGGGCCGCUCUCAAGAAUGACACCAGGAUGGCUGCAUCUCUUCUUCGGAUGCAUUUUCACGACUGUAUUGUUGAUGGGUGUGAAGGCUCAGUGCUUCUUGAUGACACAGAAGACUUCAGGGGCGAGAAGAAUGCUCCACCAAAUCGCAAUUCACUUCGAGGGUUUGAAGUCAUCGACAACAUUAAAACAGACUUAGAGAGAUUUUGCCCAUCAACUGUUUCUUGUGCUGAUAUUUUGACUCUUGCAGCAAGAGAAGCAGUUGUUCUGUCAGGAGGGCCUAAUUGGAAUGUUCCAUUGGGCCGAAGAGACGGGACAACUGCGAGUGAGAAGGCAGCUAUUGAUCAAAUACCAUCACCUAUUGAGUCUUUACAGAAAAUCACUGCCAAGUUCACAUCAAAGGGUCUUGACAUCAAAGAUGUUGUAGUCCUCUCAGGUGGACACACCUUAGGUUUUGCUCAGUGCUUCACCUUCAAGAGGAGACUCUUCAACUUUGACGGCUCCGGCAACCCUGACCCCACGCUUGAUUCUUCAGUCCUUACAAACUUGCAAAGCAUGUGUCCAAAUAAAGACGCUGCAAACAGCAAUCUAGCUCCUCUUGAUUCCAGUACUUACAGAUUUGACAAUGUAUAUUACACAAACCUUGUUAACAACGCAGGUCUUUUAGAAUCUGAUCAGGCAUUAGUGAAGGAUCCAAACACUGCUGCAAUGGUUAAUUCCUAUAGCGGGAACCCAUUUCUUUUCUCUCAGGAUUUUGCUGCAUCUAUGGUGAAGCUUGGUAAUGUGGGAGUAUUGACUGGGAAAAAAGGCCAGAUAAGGAAGAGAUGUGGAUCUGUGAACUCCUAAAUAUGAUGGUUUCUAUUAUGAAUGUCAGUUACUAUGGAAGUUGAGUAAGCUGAUUAAAGUUUGUAAUGGAACCAUGAACAUAUAUAUGAAUAAUUACUAGUUUGUAAUGGAUCUAUAAUUUUAAUUGCAUGACGUU